CGCAGUGUCGGCCUUCAGGUAGCAAUUCAUUGCGCGCACCAUGAUGUCGCUGCCUCGAGCGCCGGCGACAACGACGGCCGUCGCGCCCCCCCAACUCACUACGUCGUCGUCGCAAUCCAUGGCAGAAUACUAUCAACAGAGCGCUCAGAAUGCCCCUGUCGACAUCGCGUCUGUUGACGGCGAAGACGACGACGACGACAGCUGCCAUCAUCGCGCUGCAACUGCGUCCAUGCUGCUGCGACUGUGUGUGUACGGGUUCUUCAUCGAACUCAAGCCGUCCGAGGCGUAUUUGAAUGCAUUCUUGACGACGGAGAAAGGAUUCUCAAACCAAGUCACGAACGACGACAUUUACCCGUGGUUCACGUAUGGCCAGCUGGUCAUGCUCGUCGUCAUGCCGCUCUUUGUCGAGCGCUUUCAAUACCGCACAGUGCUGCUGAUCGAGUCGGUCGGGUUUCUCUUUACGCGCGUGCUGCUUUUGUGGGCCACGUCGCUGUUUUGGAUGCAGGCCAUGCAAAUUACCUACGCCAUUGGCACGGCCAGUAAGGUCGUGUACCUGUGCAUGAUCUACCGCGAAGUGAACCAAGACGAGUAUCAUCGCGCGACGGCGGUCGUGUGGGCGGCGUCGCUCGGCGGCCAGUUCGCUGCGGGUGUCCUUGGUCAAGUGCUCGUGUCGUCCCACGCGAGUUUGUGGCUACUCAAUUACAUCUCGCUCGCGAACGUGUGCAUUGCGUUCGUUGUGGCGUUCAACGUGCCCGAGCACGCCGACCAGCUCCUCGCUCAUUCGACGACGAGCUCCGCCGCGACCGCCAUGUUCUCGACUGACGUUGUGACCAACUUGGCCGACGAUAUCCAAAUGCGUCGACAAAAGCGCGCGCGCAACACAGUUCAAGCGCGGACGUGGCAGUGGGCCAACUUCCUCGCCGUGACUUGGGUCAUGUUCAAAUGCUGCGAAAGCCUCGCCAGCAACUACAUUCAGAACCGAUGGACGAGCUUUCACGACCUGAAUACUAUGAACGGACUCGUCACGGCACUGUACACCGCCUGCGGCGCCAUCGCGUCAUGGGUGCUCGCGUGCUGUAGCCGCGCCUCGAGCCCCCAGGGCCUUCAGUGGUUUCUCGUUGGAGGAGGAGUUAUCCUAAUGCUGCUCUCGUACAGUCAAUCGGUCGCGCCAACUCUGCAGUCGUCGUACGUGAGCUACGUAUUGUACGGCUGUGCGUACUACGCUGUCAUGACGACGGUGAGCGCGGAAUUGGCCAAGCAAUGCACGACGAACGAAUACGCCAAGCAUUUCGCCAUGGUGUCAUUGGGGGCGGCCGUCUUGGAAACAGUUGUGACGUUCUUACUGCAGGAUACGAGCGCCCGCACGGCGACGUGGUUCGACGGCAUCACGAUUUUGCAUGUCGCGCUCUUAGGGUUCUACUUAUUUGUGUUUUGCCGCGUGCGCCACGACGGCUCUCAAGUGCCCCCUUCCACUGUAUAACUGGCAAACCACGCAGCCAUGUAUCUUCGUUGGGGAGGUCCUGAGUUGGCAUGGUUGCAAUCAGGGAAAGAGGGCAGAAGACCAAGUGAUUUGGAGGCUUAUGGAGGUGACUCUUGCACAAUAUGUAAAGGAGAAAGGACUUGGCGCCAUAUUCGAGCAGACUACGCCGACUACAAGGCACCCAGGACUCGGCGCUUUCCCUAAAGUUCUCCAAGGCGGCGGUGGAGAGAUGACCUCGUGAUCGAACUUGGCAAUCUUCUGCUUCAUCCAAUCAAAGCGUCCG